AUGAGUGAUGAAAAUCGACAGUAUCGGCAGGGACGUCUUCGCAUCAGGAGUGUAAUCACCUCUGGCGAUGGUGGUGGUGGUGAUGGGGGUGUUGGUGUUGACGGUCGUGUUGCCGUUGCUGCUCUUGUUGUUGUUGUUGUUGGUGAUGAUGAUGAUGAUGAUGAUGAUGAUGAUGAUGAUGAUGAUGAUGACGCUCCCAACUCAUCUUGCCCACCCUAUCCCCGUAUAUUCACCCCGCACGACGGCCUGUUCGGUCAAUUGCGGGUCCAUUGA